UUCUGAAUUUAGCCAAUUGUCUCAGCUGCGAGGCUCCAAGUUACUAUUUUAUAAAAAAUGUAUAGCAACCAUUUCCAAACUGUGUUAUUAAUUUGAAGAUAUACUUAUUUAAUGUUAUGUAAAAAAAUAUAUCUCAUAGUAAAACAAGUUGUCUUUGAUAAAAUAGAGAGAAAAUAGAGAUAUGAGUAGGAACAACGUUCAACGUAAAGCCCAUGUCCCGUUAUUUAACAAAUCAUCUUAGUUAAAGGCACAGCUUAAUAAAGUCGUGCAAUAACACUGCGGGAGAAUGCAUGAGAAGAGUCUUUAUCUGCAUUGUUAGCUUUCUAGCUGUAUUUAAAAAGAUUGCUUUCUGAAAUUCAGAAUAGUCUUGUCUUCCAGAUCGGGAGGAAGCUCGGAGGAGGAGUAGACUACUUCUCGCGCUCUGCUGCUUCCAACACCAGACCCUCAUACAUCAGUUGCGCCCUCAACACAUACUAUGGGCGCGAUGGCCGAGGACCACUACCGUUGGAAAGUAACUUAACAUGAAAAGACCAGUUUUCUGAAGGACGGCUUCACUGAUACAGUAGAUGUAUUGAACAGGCUACGUGCGCGUAGUAACCCAAAAUGAACUCAGAGUAUAAGAAGCCAACUGUGGCUCCCAAGCCACAGCUUUUGAGCCAGGUCAACUUCAAUCUGUCUUCCUCCCUCAUGUCCAGACCUUGUUUCUCAACCAGAGGUCCCAAACCUCCUAUUGCUCCCAAACCUAAAGUACCACAGAGACCGAAAGAAACAAACAUCAUAUUCUGUAACCAUGCCCAAGAUAAGUGCAAUAAUGGGACAGACAAGGAUUUGGACCAUGAAACAGACCUGGAAGACUGCCUGAGUGGAGGGGAGGCCCAGGGGUCAGAGGGGGAGGGUUUAGAUGAGGAUGAAGACAGACCAGUAGAACCUCAGUUUGACAACCACAAUUUCAGUUCAGGAAUCAAACAAUUAGAGAAUGGAUCUGAGGAACAAGAGGACAAGGCAAAGGAGAUGGCAAUCAUGGAGGAAAUGAUGCAGGAAGAGGAAGACUGGAGAAUAACAGACAGAACUCAAACAGAGGAAGUGGACUCUCUGGACACGCUGGAGGUCAGUGAUGCUGGAUUCACCAUUGACUCAAUGGAUGGGGUGGAUAUGAUUGACUCAGACCUGACUGAUGACAUUGAUGCUGAGGGCUGUGAUGCAGGCGAGGCUCUGGCUGACACAGAUGGCCUCUCAGUGGGAGACUUCUCUGUCACUAGCAUUGAGGAGGAGGAGGAAGCCUGCUGCCUCUGCAGAACUGUGUCUGGGAGAGAGGACAGAGAAAUGAAGGAGGAUAGGGAACAUAAUAUCCAGGGAGAGGCAGAAGCUGUCAGUAUUACAACACAUGCAGUCACAGAUUCUCUUGAAGAGGAACCUUUCAUUGUUUUUACCAAGGAACACUGUUUUCACAGUACCCAUCAUUCAUCAUCUUCCACAGUUAAUGAGGAGAGAGUGGUGGAAUGUUCACAUAUUCUUGACAUUCCUCCAAAUGUCAGAGAGAUGGAGGGUGGCUAUGACGAAAAGGAUCUAGGCUCUACUGUUGCUCAAGAGAAGACUGAAAUGACCCUGCCUGAUGGUUAUGGGAGCACCAAGGACAAGGCUCACUGGAUUCAAACAUUCUCUGUGAUUAAACAAAUUGUGACAGUUCCACACAGUUUCUCUGAAAGGGAGUGCCAAGACUAUAAGGAUGGAAAUGAAAACAACCUUUUAGACAAACAGGAGGAACCUGAUGCUUUUGAGGUUCACCAGACCCUUGAGCCCCACUACAUCUACUCUGAAGAUAUUAUUUAUGAAGAACAGAGCUGGACAGAUGAAAAAGAUCAUAGAUCAUCACAGCAUGAAGUUGUGUCACAGAAAUUGUCCACAGUCAGCGAUGGUAGGUCACCACUGAGUGAGUAUGCAGCCAUAGACAAUUACUCUCUGGAUGAGGACAUUGGGCAGAUCGAGUGUGUAUCCUCUGAGGAUUACGUGGAGAUUGGGGAUGAUGAUGAUGAUGAGGAGGAAGGCAACAACAACAGAGGUCAGAGCAUCACAGGUCCAUGUCAGAAAACCACAUCCAUGGAAAGUGAGGAGCUCAGAGCCCAGAUCGCUGAUGGUUUGUUAAAUCCCAAUAACAGACGGUUUAGACUGGUGUCUAUCUCAGUACCAGCAGACACCGACUCUUCUUUGGCCUCUUCCUUCUCAGACAGCCAGCUGCUCUCUCUUGACUGCUCAGAUGUGUUCAGGAACGAGGAGGACCUGGAGGGCCAUAUUGUACCUUACCUGGAUGAGACCACAGACACAGAACAGGACCUCAGUGAUGAGCAUGUCUAUGAAGAAGCAGGGCUGGAUUCAGAAGGGGAGAACUUCCUCCCCUUUGACAGGAAGUCAAUGGUGAUGCGGUCCCGCUCGCUGUCUGGGAAAGUACCCGGUUGUGUACCUGAAACAGUUCCUGAGGAGGCGGGUUCAGAAUGUCCCCUUCAGAAGUACUUCAUGAUGGGAUAUGAACGGACAGAACCUCUGCUGAGCAGCAGUCCAAUGUUAGGCACAGCCCGGGCUAAGAUCUCCUCCAAACCUCAAAAUGUUGUUCUAUAUCCCCGUUCCUUCUCCAUGGAGGGACGGGACAUUUCUUUGUGUGUGUACAGGGAGGGUGAGAAUUUCUUGAAGGAGAGUGGCCACAUGAAGAGGGGGGAGGACAGUCUGUCCCUGCCGUGUGUUAUAGGGUCUUCUGGGAGCUUUUCCCAGAUCUCCUCCCUGCCCUCCAGCAGCCUCUCCACACCUACAUCUGUGGUGGACAUCCCUCCACCCUUCCAGCUGGCCCACAUCAGUAAGAAGCCCAUCACCAAGAGCUCCCCCUCCCUUUUCAUUGAAGGAGACUUCCCUGACCGAAACAAGAAGAAGAAAUCCUCCUUCAAACGCUUCCUGAUGCUCAAGUUCAGACGGAAAACAGAGAGUAAGCCCCUCGUGGAUGCAAAUCAGUCUUCCAGGUUCUCUUCAGAGUCCGGCAACCACUCCUCAGGUCGGGUCCUGGAUUUAGACAGGCGGAGCACAGGCAGCUCCCCGCAGCUCAUGUCCCGGUGUGUCAACAAAACCCAGCGCUCUCCGGAAUCCCCUUCCACAUUUCUCUUCUACAAAGACGGAAGGAGAAAAGGAGGGUCUGUCGCAUUCGCCAAUCGUAAUGUGGCACGGGUGGAGUCAUUCGAGGACCGCUCGCGGGCCCCCUUUACACCCCUACCUCUAACCAAGCCACGCUCCAUCUCCUUCCCCAAUGUAGACACAUCUGAGUAUGAGAACAUUCCUGCCAUUAGCUCAGAUUAUGAGAAUAUCCAAAUCCCGUCCUGGAAGCCGAUGAGACUGGGGACCUUCGCAGAGUUCUUUGAGCAUCCACGCCGGGUGUUGUCCUCCUCCAAUGAAACAGAUGGAUAUGUGGACAUGAGCAGCCUACCUGGGUUUGAACACAAAGCUCAGUCAACUGAGCAGGACACUGAAAGUGCCUACACAGAAGCCUACAAUGUGUGCUCCAUAGUGGUAGGCCCACCCAGUGUGUCUGAGGGGGAGGUGGGGGGAAUAACAGCCGAUGAAGAAGACGCAGGGCGCACCUCAGAGGACGAAGAUGGGGUCGAGAGUGGUCAUGAUCGACAGACAGAUGGGCGAUCCAGAGCGUUUUACAUUGCUAAGGAGCUGGUGGACACUGAAAGAUUACACGUGAAAGCGCUUAAACUUCUGCAAGAGGACUUCAGAGAGGCAGUGGGGGCGGCUGUGGGAGAGGAGGGGGAGCCUGUGUUGGAGGAUGAGAUGCUGAGGGAGAUUCUCAAUGAGCUGCCGGAUGUUUACACCUUCCACCGCAGACUGCUUACUGAGCUGGAGAACCGCAUCCGUCAGUGGGAAGAGAGCCAGAGGAUUGCAGACGUUAUCCUGUCCAGGAAGUCGGAGUUUGUUGUCUUCACAACCUAUAUUGGUCACUAUGACCGCAGCAUGAGCUUACUAGAGGAGAGCUGUCAUGGCUCACCAGCCUUUGCUAACAUCGUCCACCAAUUUGAGCAGAGUCCAGUUGGUGUGAAUGUCUCUCUCAAACAUCAACUGCUGCAAGUCAUAGUUCGGGUAGCCCAGUACCGCAUGCUCCUCACAGAUUAUCUGAACAACCUGUCCCCGGACUCCAAAGAAUAUGAAGACACACAAGCUGCUAUAGUGAUAGUGUCAGAUAUCGCCGAUCAAGCCAAUGACAGUUUGAUACAUGGGGAGAACCUGUUGCGUCUAGUCAAUAUAGAGUACAGUGUCCGGGGCCAGAAGGACUUACUUCAGCCAGGCAGGGUGUUUGUGAAGGAGGGCACCCUGAUGAAGGUUAGCAGGAAAUGCAGACAGCCGCGACACUUGUUUCUGAUGAAUGAUGUGCUGUUGUACACGUACCCCCAGCAGGAUGGCAAAUACAGACUGAAAAACACUCUCCCUCUCACUGGCGUAAAGGUCAGUAAGCCUAUCAUAGAACAUGUGCAGAACUCUCUGAGGAUUGAAGGAGCAGACAUCUCCAUCACCAUGUCAGCAAGCUCCAGCAGUGAGAGAGAGGACUGGUUCCACACACUUAGCCGUACAGUGGCUGACCUCCACCCCAGGGGAUCCUCUUCAUUAAGCUGUUCAGGAGAGUCCAGAGAGCGUGUGUGGCUAGCUCUGGGAGAGAAGGCUCCUACACUCGUGCCUGUUUGUCAUGUGAUGAUGUGCAUGAACUGCACCUCGGACUUCAGCAUCACUCUACGCCGACACCACUGCCAUGCCUGCGGGAGGGUGUGUCUACCAAACACAAACACAUACAUACCUGUAUGCUCUGUGCCGUUCUGUGUGCUGAAUGUGUUGAUUUCGCCCCGUCCUGCUAUACAGAUAGUGUGCCGGAGCUGUUCCAGAAACCGCUACCCUCUGAAGUACCUGAAGGACCGCAUGGCUAAAGUGUGUGACCACUGUUACAGCGAACUCAAGAAGAGAGGGGGAGAUGUGUGUGGCCCAACAGGUCAUGACAGUCCUCGCCCCAACCGCUCCAGUCGGCCCCUUUCUGCCGUCUUCCAGAACAUUCACCCUCCAAGCCUGUGGAAGAACCGCAAAGGCACUGCAUCUCUGGCCCAGGUUCAUGUGUCUGAACAGGGCUCUGUCAGCGGCAGUUUGCAGCGCAGUAAGAGAAGCAAGAGGAACUGGAAAAGAUUGUGGUUCCUUCUCAAAGACAAGGUGCUUUACACCUACCAGGGUCAUGAGGAGAAAGUAGCGUCUGAGAGCUUGCCUUUGCUAGGCUUCACAGUGAAGCAGCCUGAUAGGCCAGAAGGGGAGCAGCAAGCCAACUUAUUCCAACUGUACCACAAAAAAACUCUGUACUACACCUUUAAGGCAGAGGACAAGCACACCGCCCAGAAGUGGGUGAAUGCUAUGGAGGAAGCUACAGUUUUAUAACAUCGGCCUUAAUGGGUGUUUGAACAUGGACCAGCAUGACUGACCUCACCUCACAGACUCAUUCCGAGGACCUGUCUGUUGCCCAAAAAAUGCCUGAAUGUAAAACAAAAAGGGAAGAAGAAAAUGAAAUGGCCUGAAUUGCCUCUGAGGCUGGUGUUUCAACUGAUGUAACAGGAGAUAAGACAAAGCGUCCUUAUUUUUAGAUAGAAGGCGCUCUCAUCCUCUAUUAUCCCCUGUCCUGCAGUAGCAGGUGCGUUGCCUAGGGCCAGGAGAGCUGGGAGCCCAGAUAUGUGCCCAUCCAGAAAAUUCCAUCACGUAAUCUUGUAACUGAAAAAAAGGAUUUUAACCUGAGUUUGAGAAUUUGAGAACCUGCUGUUUUGUUAAAAUAAAAUAAAUAAAAUAACAUUUUAAAUUACAUUUUAUAUACACUGUAUUUAUAAAUCCAGAUAUUAUGAACAUGACUAAACUGAAUGUGUUUACCAAAUGCCAUUUGCAAUGUAGUGUUUUAUGUGAUGUUGCCAAAAGUGAAUGAAGAAGCGGGCCUAUGUGUAGCCUUGUCACAGUGCAUGUUGUAUAAUGGCCAGGUCUUAAAGAAGAGCGCAGCAAUACAAAAAUAGAACACUGUAACAAAUGAACGACCUGUUUCUUGUUCUUUCACACAACAUGUUCCUCUUUAAAACGAGCCAACUGGGCAUGGAGAACCUUAACACCAGAACUGCAGGUUCUGCUCCACGUAUAAAAUUAUGUUGCAUUUAAAGCAUAUGUUUUUUACAUUGUAACUUUCUCAUGUACUGUAUUUUCUGAUAUGGCCUUGCAGCUAUGUGCAAAUAUGCAUAUGUACAUGUGCAUAUUUUGAUAGGCAACGUUAUUUUGCUUUAUUUGCACUGAUAAAAAAGACAAAAGACCUGAAAAAAUAAGUGUCAUCUUUCUUUUCUUUUUUUGACUUUGUUGCCAAAAGUCUAUUGUUUGUCUCCAUUGUUCUGAAUGUGUUCUUAGAAGUAGCAAAUAAUUGUCCAGAAAGACAAAAUCAUACUGCUGCUACUUCCUAAAUACAACAAAUGUAAAACAUUACAAUUUAAGAUCAAACUUUAUUGAUUGAAGUAUACCCACUUCAGUUAGCACUGCACCUCUGAUGUGGACUGCUAGGACUCCUAAUACUGGCUUUAUAAGGAGAGUAGCCAUCCUAGUGUUUGUUAUGUAAAAUCUAUUCUCAGUCAUGAUAUCCAAAAUGGACUUAAUCCUCGAGGAGUUUUUUAUUUUAUUUCAAACUGUGGAGUAAAAAUGUGUGGGCAGUUCUCUUGUUCAACAGUUUCACUGUUGUUUUAUGAAGUUCCCCUCUAUGUCCUCUAGAUGGCGUGCAGAAUGAAGGUUGAGGACAUUCAAGUUCUUGUUGACUGCCUUUUGACUCGGACUUCAACAAGUACAGCAACAGUACAAAAACACAUAUAUAAAUACUAGGUGUAAGGACCCAGUAAGCUAUCUAGAUCCCUACCCUCUGUUUUCACAGCGA